AUGUCCACAAUCACCCUCUUCGGCCUCGGCGCAAUGGGCAAAGCCCUCGCGGCCAAAUACAUUGAAAAGGGCUACACCACGACAAUCUGGAACCGUACGCCCUCAAAGGCAGCGCCUCUCGUCGAAAAAGGCGCGAAGCUCGCGAACACCGUCGGCGAAGGCCUCGCAUCCGCGGAUCUCAUCAUCCUCUGCCUCCUCGACAACGCCUCUGUCCGGCAGACCCUCGACCAGGCAACCGCUGCCCUGAAUGGUAAGACGGUCAUCAACCUGACGAACGGCACGCCCUCGCAGGCGCGCGAGACCUCGGAGUGGGUUAUCUCUCACGGGGCACAGUACAUCCACGGCGGUAUCAUGGCUGUCCCCGAUAUGAUCGGGUCGCCGCAUGCCGUGCUACUGUAUAGCGGGGAAUCGGCGGAGACCUUCUCGCGCGUCGAGGCGCACCUCAGCCAUCUAGGAACGAGCAAGUUCCUAGGCACUGACCCCGGCUCCGCAUCCCUGCAUGACCUCGCGCUGCUCUCGGGAAUGUACGGUCUCUUCUCGGGCUUCUUCCACGCGACUGCGCUCGUCAAGUCCCAACCCGGUACAACGGCCACAGGCUUCGUCCAGCUUCUCACCCCCUGGCUGAGCGCAAUGACGCACUACCUCGGCGCUCUAGCAAAGCAGAUCGACGAGGGUGAUUACGCGACGCAGGGAUCUAAUAUGGCGAUGCAGGUUACUGGUGUGCAGAAUAUUGUUCGGGCGAGUGAGGAGGCCGGCGUGACGGCUGACUUGAUCAUGCCGAUCCUGGGGAGGAUGACGAGGGCUGCGGAGGCGGGGUAUGCGGAUGUGGAUGUUUCGGCUGUUAUUGAGUUUAUGAAGGAGUAG